CGAGGCGAAGGAGAGAGAGCGAGGGGUCGGCGUAAGCGGAAUCAAGGUAUCAAUCUUUCUUGACGGUGUUCUUCGUACCUCUUCUCAUAUCCACCUCCGUUUCGCUCAGAUGAGGAAUUGAUCACAAGAUUUUCUUGUUCUGCAAUCUUCGUCACAUCACAGAGUCCAUGUGGUCGUCUUCCUCGUUGCAUGCAGCGCACACAUGAUUCUUCCUUUCAGGCAUGCAGUACCUGCUCAACCUGCAACUCGGCUACUGAAGACCGGUGCCUUUUCGCAUCCUGGCUUUUGCUGGCUAGCUUUACUCAUGGGGGGCUGUGUUCCUUCGAGAUGUACGGAGAAGCACACACUCGCACAUGGAGAUCUGAUUCUUCUUGCUUCUGAAACAUCUUUUACGGUGACCGAAAUAGCAGCAUUGUAUGAGCUGUUUAAGAAGUUGAGCUGUUUGAUCAUUAAAGACAGGCUAAUUCACAGGGAAGAGUUCCAACUUGCUUUGUUCAGGAACAGCAACAAGCAGAAUGUCUUUGCAGACAGGAUAUUUGACUUGUUUGAUGCCAAUCACAAUGGGGUGAUUGACUUUGGCGAGUUUGUGAGGUCACUCAGCAUCUUUCACCCAAAUGCUCCAAAAGAAGAGAAGAUUGCAUUUGCAUUUAGAUUGUAUGAUCUAAGGAGUACUGGCUACAUCGAACGCGAGGAGUUGAGGGAGAUGGUGGUAGCUCUUUUGGAUGAAUCAGAUCUGUCUCUCUCGGAUGAUAUUAUUGAAACAAUUGUUGAUAAGACUUUUGCUCAAGCAGAUUCAAAAAGUGAUGGGAAGAUAGACACAGACGAGUGGAAGGACUUUGUUCAACUAAACCCUUCGUUGCUAAGAAACAUGACUCUUCCAUACUUGAAGGAUUUAACCAUGUCCUUUCCCAGUUUUGUCAUGAACUCGGAAACGGAUGAUGAAGGCAUGACCUCAAAUACUUGAGACGGCUCACUUUGUGCAUGCUAAGUCCAAAUGCAAGUUAUACGAUACAUGAAGCAUCGGAUACCAGCAAGAAGUUCUUGUGUAUUUUUGUUUCCACUGCACAAACAAAAUAUUUAUGUGUAAUAGAGAUUAAAAAAACAAAAGAAUAGUCUCAUGAAUCUAAAGAAUAAACAUCAUCAUGUUUCUAGAUUGAAUUGAUAUC